CAAUGCCAGUAAUUUUGUUUCCUAGUUUUCAAUCAAAACAGUUCACUGUGUCUAUUACUCCCACUGUGGGUAACUAUAACCCCAAGAAAUGUUGUUACGGAGUGGAAAGGAAGUCUAUUUCUGGCAUAACCAGUGAAUCAGUGAAGAGAAUAUCAGGUUGCACUGCUGUUACCAUGCCUGGCAAAUUUGACGCACAGAUGUAUGAUAUGAAUAUGUUAGAAGAAGAUUCAAACUUCGAAGUUGUUGCCUAUUUUACAAAUGGAAACGAUGUAGAUGGCCUCAGCACAGCAUCUCGAGUUACUACCACCGCUGACGAUCCAGACGAUUUAACAUCAGUCACUGUGACUGUGAUGGCAACUACUCUAACUCUAGAAUGGGCGCCUCUGACUAACCAACAAUGGAAUGCAGGGGGUACUAGAGUGUACACUGUUUCAUGUCCUAAACCAUUGCCAGAUAUGGGAACAGCAAGAGCAUCAGCAGCAGCUACUGAUACUACUGGAGCUCUACUCACUGCCAAUGUGAUUGCAACAGUUAAUCAGCUGAGGCAUGCUACAGCAUAUACAUGCACUGUAACAGCUUCCACAACCUACCUCGGCUCCGUCUACAGUAAAACAAAAGCUGUUAUGGGUACUACCACUGAAGACAGUCCACCAAUGCCAGCAAUAUCUUUUUCGAAGAUUCAAUCAAAACAGUUCACUGUCUCUAUUACUCCCGCUGCGGGUAACUAUAACCCCAAGAAAUGGUGUUACGGAGUGGACAGGAAAUCUAUUUCUGGCAUACCCAGUACCUCAGUGAAGAGAGCAUCAGACAGUUGCACUGCUGUUAUAACUGCUGACCUAUUUGCCGCACAGACAGGUACUAUCGAUAAUUUAGAAGAGGAUUCAAUCUUCCAAGUUGUUGCCUAUUUUACAAAUGGAAACGAUGCAGGUGGCCCCAGUAUAACAUCUCCAGUUACUACCACCGCUGACGAUCCAAAAACAGUAAUGUCAGUCACUGUGAACCCAAACCCAACUUCUCUGGUGGUAAUGUGGACUCCUCUGACUAACACACAGUGGAAUGCAGCGGGUACUAGAGAGUACGUCGUUUCAUGUCCGAGAUCAUCAUCAUUAGCACCAGCCAUAGCAACAGUACAAGCUACUGAUUCUAACGGUGAUCUGAUCCCUACCUCUUUAACUGCAACGGUAAUGAGUCUAACCCAUGCUACAACGUACACAUGCACUGUAACAGCCCGCGCAAGCUACACAACACCAACCAAGAGUUUCUCGAGCACGGAGACUUUUGUGGGUGCUACCACUCAAACACAGCCUCCUACGCCAAUUUUGAUGACGAUAGCAAACAAUAAAUUCAUUACUUUGAGCAUCCAAGUGGCCAUCGGUAAAUAUAACCUGAAGGAAGUUUGCUAUUCUCAUGUGUUAUCCUGGAUUUCGGGAACUGCACCUUCAACAACGGCAUCUCCCAGUCCUACUUCGCCUUGUGUCAUGUCAAGUACGGGCACAGGAGGGAAUACUGUCCAAAAUAUGACUCAUCACACAGUAACGAUUAAAUAUGGAUACGAUAGUUCUUCAGCAGCAGGGACACUGGAGGAUGAUGCAACAUAUUCAUUCACGGAUAUUUAUGUGAAGAAUACAGGGACUGGAACAUCUGGCCAUUUAGCAGGUCCUAUUACUGGAGCAACAAAUCCUGCAGAUCCAGAAACCGUAAUGUCAGUCACUGUGAAUCCAGCCCCAACUUCUCUGGAUGUAACGUGGACUGCUCUGACUAAUUUACAGUGGAAUGCAGCAGGUACUAGAGAGUACGUCGUUUCAUGUACACCACCAGCACUAUCAGCAACAACAACAGUACAAGCUACUGAUUUUAGCGGUGUUCUACUCCCUGGCAAUGUAACUGCAGUGGUUGAUGGUCUAACCCAUGCUACAAUGUACACAUGCACUGUUACAGCCCGCGCAAGUUACACAACACCAACCAUGAGAUUCUUGAGCACGGAGACUGUUGCGGGUAAUACCACUGAAGCACAGCCUCCUACGCCAAGUCUGACAACAGCAGGAGGCAAUAAAUUGAUCACUUUGACAAUCACAGUGAAUACCGGUGAUUAUAACCUUGGCGCUGUUUGCUAUACUCCCGUACUAUCCACAAUUUCUGGAAUUUCACAGACUUCUUCUAGUUCACCCGAGAUAUGUGUCAUGUCAACAACAAUGAACACUGAAACCAAUCGCACGGGUCAUACAGUGACCAUUUCACAUGGACAGAGUGGUACAGUAGGCAUACUGGAGGAGGAUGCAGUAUAUUCAUUCAGCAACAUCAAUGUACAGAAUACAUUGGCUCCGCCUUUGAAGUCUAUGGUGUUGAGCGGACCUAUUACUGGGACAACACAGCCUGCAUCUCCUAUUGCCCAACCAACUAUGUUAAGAGCGCGCCAAAUGGAUACCAAUCAAACCCAUAUUCGUAUAAUUUGGCAGAACUCAUCAACGGUUACUGAGCUCAAUGGACGUUUUCUUAAUUUUGUGGUGCAACACAAACUCGCAACGGACAAACUCUACAUGGAAAACAAUGUAGAUGCAACUGACUACUGGAUAACAGGAUUGACCUUUGGUAAAACAUAUAACAUUGGAGUUGCUUACCGUUCAUCUGGUGGAACCGGUAGUUAUACGGAAAUAAAUGUGGACACUUCUCCAGCAGAGAUACCGAUAGUUGAAGCCACGCCACAAAUUAUAUAUAGUGCUGGUAGUCAAAUCAUCACAGCAUGUUUUUUGAAAACUCAAUAUCCUCAUCCCACGGCUGCGGAGGUCACUUGGACCAACCCUCAGUUAACAGGUUUAAUCACGUAUAAAUCCCUUGGAACUGGAAAUUCAACAUGUCUCACUGCAACGUUAACAUUGUCCGGUAUGCUUCGUGAGGCAUCCGGUAAUUACACAGUAACUGCAAGCACAGCUGGUGGAAGUGCCAGCACUACCAUCACAGUGUCUGUUCUCUCUCCGCCAAUUAUCACCUACCCUGAAGACAACUCCAUCAUACAUGUGAAGGAAGGAACUAAUUUUAGUAUUGACUGUGAUGCUAAUGGAAAUCCGGCGCCAGCAUUGAAGAUUCUGGAUGCAAAUAGAACAGAACUUAAAAAUCUAUCUGCAGGGACGGUGAUAAAUGAUUUGAAAAAAGUAACCCUCCGUCAUACAUUUCAGAACAUUAACCGUAACAAAUCGGCUGUAUAUACAUGCACAGCUGAAAAUCACCAAGUGAAUUCAUCCCUUAAUACAUCAGUCGAAGUUGACGUACAAUAUCCUCCGGAGAACUGCUCAUUUGCCAGCAGCAGACAACUGGUCUACAUUCCCUUGCACAACCAAUCAAUUCAAAUUUCUUGUGAGUGCGGCGCACAUCCAGUGCCCUCUUACCAUCAUACAGUUGAGAAAUUGUAUGGCCCAUUGCUCCAGCGAAAAGUGACCAAUAAUGUUACGAUGGCCAAGUAUCAAUACAGCAUUGAUGUAGACCCUGUCAGUGCUGGUAAGUAUCAAUGCAGAGUUUCAAACAACGCAUCUACCACGGCUGAAGAAUACAAUUCCAAUUUUACUUUAGAAAUUUUUGCUGCUCCGCACAUGUCAUUCAGUAACAACUCAGUCGCUGAGGGCAAUAACAUCACGGUGAACUGUACUGUUCUCGGCUUCCCUGCGCCACGUGGCAUCAUUUGGAGAUUUCCCAACAGAACCAUUGUCCCUGACAAUUAUAAAACCAACGCUUCUAUCGUAGAAGAAGUGAAGCUAGAUGAGAUUCUGGGAUUGUACAAAGCGGUCACAUCGCUGACCAUCACAGACGCGUCUGCGUCGGAUAAUCUUGCUUACACAUGCGAGGCACACAAUGGAAUCACAACACGCAAUAGGGACAUUGUAUUCCAUGGCCACAGUGACUCAACGGCUACAGCCACAGUAGCUAUUGAUGUCCAUGGUGACACAAGUUUGCACAUGGACUUGCCGAGAGCACUGUCCUACCAUGUCAUGGAGGAAGUUGUAGUCAAGUGCACUGUAGCCGGUAAUCCUCUGCCGACCAUCGAGUGGUUCAGCACAGCAUCUACCUUCAACAACAAAACACAAACCGUCCAGAAUGGCAACAUCACCAAGGACAGGAAUGAGACUGCCAAGGUGGCCUACAGCGUGCUACAUAUUCACAACGUAUCUCUCGCAGACGCUGGUCUCUACUGGUGUUCCCAUGCUAACACUGUGCACCGGAACGAGUCAUCACAGCUCAAUCUCACCGUCUUCGCAUCGCCGAGCAACACUCGUAUUUCUCCAACAAUAACAGUUAAUGAGUCAGCCAAUGUUGUAAUUGAGUGUGAAUACCAUGGUUAUCCACAGCCCGCUAUCACGUGGCAUACUCCAUCUGAGGAACUGCAGAACUCUUCGGACGUCAACUUUGCGGCAGGUGCACCUGUCACCCUGGCCAGCGGUAUGAUAUCCGUCAGAUCGAACCUCUCUUUGACUAAUGUCACCAGAAACAACUUGCUGAACUACACCUGUGUCGCUCACAAUGGCGUUGGUAACCGGCUGGCCGCAGACUAUACCGGUCCUCUUGUGUCUUCUACAUAUUCGUCCUCGGCCACUGUCAGCUUGAAUGUCCUCUUCCCAGCCACAUUGGAAUUAGACCUUCAAGAAACUAUCCAACUCGAUAACAUGCAGAACUACUCUGUGACAUGCUCAGCAUCUGGCAAUCCAUUGCCGCAACUGGUUUGGAACACCACUGCACCCAUGUUCCGUACAAACCUGACAGGCCACGUGCGCACCAGGACAGUGGGACAGAUCGUCACUGGUUUACUUGACAUUAGAAGCGCUAACGGCACUUUCCAUGAUGGCCAGUAUGCUUGCACAUUCGAAAAUUCAUUCAAGAGAGUGGACACCAAUUGGGCUAAUCUGACAGUUGACGAAAUUGAUGAAUGCUUGUCCAAACCAUGUAAGAAUGGAGCCACAUGUACGCAAGGCAUAGCGUCAUACAUGUGUUCAUGUGCAGCUGGCUAUACAGAUAGGAACUGUAACGUACUGACCAGAGAUUAUGAUGAAUGUUUAUCUAACCCAUGCAAGAACAAUGCCACGUGCGUUGAUGGCAUCUUCAAAUUUACCUGCCGAUGUCCAGCUGGGUUUACCGGUGCUACUUGCGAAUCAUUGCUGGACUGCCCAGCAUUUAAGACACGCGAUCAUACAGGCAUUUUCUGCAAGGACUGUACCUGCUACCAACAGGGCUCGCAGAGCUGUGACAUGAGUAACGGCACGUGCUAUUGCAAUAAUCUAAUCUCUGGAGACAACUGCGACACGUGUGCCAAUGGCUAUUACCAAUCGAGUGGCAGACUGGAUAGCUGCGCUAGCUGUGGGUGCACGGCCAAUCGAACAAUGAACGGUACGAUCUGUGACGCAAAUACCGGCUCUUGCCUCUGCCUGCCGCAGUACACCGGAGACAAGUGCCAGUUCUGUAGCAGAGGUUAUUACAAGAACUCCACCAGCAGGGAUUGUGCUGCAUGUGCCUGCUCUACCGGAGGCUCAGUUGGCACCUCUUGCCAUGUCCUUACAGGGCAGUGCACAUGUCGCCCUGGCUUUGCUGGCCGUGACUGCAGUCAGUGUGCUGCUGGACAUUUCCAAGCUGACUCGUCGCACAUGGCAUGUGUAGACCUCAAAUCAUCAACCACUUGUCAAGCCUGUCAUUGCUCUAAGGAUGGUGCUAAUGGCACCAGUUGUGCAGCUGGUACUGGCAAGUGUCAGUGCAAUGAGGGAUAUAUUGGUGAUAAGUGUGACGUAUGCGCUAACCCGGAUCAAUUCCACGUCUCAAAUGGUGGUUGCCAAGACAUCAGCAAGGAGAUGUACCUGCCAAAUACAACAACCAUCGAGGGCGAACAAACUAUUUCGCUGAACUCCUCGUUUGUGUUUGGCUCAGCAUUUAAAACAUACCGCAGCAUGAAAGUGUCCUUGGAAGGAUGGAUUGCUUUCGACACUGGUUUCUCGGGAGGCUAUAACAUCAAUAGCCGAAUCAGCGAUCACUUCUCUAUAGUAGCCCCUUUCUGGACACGUCAAAAUGCCACAGUUAAUUGCCACAAUGGUACAAAGCUUCAGGUGCAUGUUGUGAGCUCAACCAGUGAUCCUGACACUUUUCAGAUGAUCAAAAAAGAAGUUUCGCCUUUUGCUGACAAUUUCAACCCCACCGAAGCAGUUGUUGUGACGUGGAGGGAAAUCCGGGAGAGCACUACCCACACAGAGCGUAAUACAUUCCAAGCCGUAGUUGUCAGUGAUGAGUGCCAGUCAUUUGCGAUUUUCAAAUACCCAACUGGUGGAAUUGGUUGGCAUGGCUUUCCAUACCCGGUCGUUGCAGCAGGAGAAACUCUGAAAGCUUCUGGAUCCCGAUCACUAGUCGUGAAAAAUUCAAUCCAUAACCUGACCAAUGGCUGCCGUCAGCAACUGCGGGAGUCACAAUAUUGCCGUACAAAUGUGAAAAAUGUAACUGGAAACUCAACAGCUCUGGGGGUGCUCGUUCAAUGUCCCGCUACACUUGACAUUGUGCAAGUAUUCAAUGUAUUUUCAUUGUCUAGCAAGGGAUCAACUGAUGACAUCCAGUGCUAUGAAUCAAAACCGGUCACUCUACAAGGACUGCAUCUUUUCUCACGGUGCUGCUAUGCUGACAGUAGUGGACAGCUAAUCGAGACUGGUAGCGGAAAACCCUACCAAGGAAUCUCACCAACUGACCAAAACCUUCUCACACGCUGUCAGAAUGCUGGAAUACCGUCCUAUUUCUACAGUAGACGUUUGCAGCCACAGGCAAUGGUAAAACGUGUUGUUGUCCAGCAAAGUAACUGUUUUGGUGACCCUCAUUUGAUCCGGCUGGAUGGCACCGCAUACGAUUUCCACAACGUUGGUGAGUACGUACUUGGAAAUGCCAGCGAGGCCAACUACUACCUGGCUGUUGCCGCUAGAAUGGAAAUUUUCCCCAUGCCCAAUGCUCUCAACUUCACAUCCAUCACCCGUGUAGGAAUUACAAUUGGUCAAGGAUCCAAUACCACCACCAUUGAGGCAUUCGCUAAGACUGGUUCAAAAGGCAUCACUGUUCUCGGCGACUUAACCGAUGCUCAAAUCACUGCAGGUCGUCACAGCAAUUUCGAGUUCAGGAAUGGUGGCUUGGUUGCGUCAGUCGGUGGCUUUAGUGCUAAUAUUACUGUUCAGACGGGCAAAAUCUUGUUGAUUGCUAUGCAACUCCCACAAGCAGCAAACUUUACCGGACUUUUGAAAUCGGAACCAAUGCCUUCUAAUGAGUUCCAAAUUACUGCAGCCACAAGUCCCUUCCAGUAUGCUGGUGCCGAGGAGAACUACACAGCGUUGAACCCACCCGAGCAAGCUACCGUCGGAAAGGUCAACACAUCCCUGGCCACAGGUGCCAUCAACACCACCUGUGGAGGCGAUAGUUCUUGCAUUGCAGACUUCCUCGCCAGUAACGACGCAUCCAUCGCGGUGUCGACUCUUGAAGCCGAGAAAAGUCUCAAGGAAACCAGCACGAGAGUGUCUCGAGUGCCACCUUUGUUAACUGUCAAGUCAUCAUGGCCAAAAGAUGCAGCACUCAGGAAUACGCUGCAGGGUAUUUUUGGACAGAACAGUUCCAUUGCCAUCGAAGUGAACGUCAGCGAAUCUGCCAAGUUGGAAUCGUUUGUUGUGAAGGCGGCCAUAAACUUGACAGUCGAGUCUGAGCUUAGCGGCAAUGUUCUGAACAUCUCUUGGACACCGCCUGCUCGUAGGCUGAGCGGACUGCAACUGACCGUGUCAGCCAACGACAGCAAUGGCCAGUCAGUGGAGAAGACGAUUCCGAUUACACUGUGCGGUUGCCAUGGUACCUGUGAGACACCACCCUCAACGCCUGUGGACGCAUUCAAACAGCUGACGUGUACAUCUUGUGAUGCCGGGCGCACUGGACAGCACUGUGAGGAUGACUUGGAUGAGUGCAGAACUGAACCAUGUGGGAAGCAUAUUGUCUGCGAAGACAAAAAGUUGCCCAUGUCUGGUCACACUUGCACCACCAGGUGCAUCAGUGGGUUUAGAUUGGAGGCUGGAAAUUGCCUCGAUAUCAAUGAGUGUACUGAAAAAAGAAACCACUUCAAACAAUACUGUAUCGCCGAUUCCACCACAUGCUCAAACGUACUAGGAUCUUAUCUGUGUCCAUGCAAGACUGGAUUCACUGGUGCUGGCAACCAAUCCUGUACAGACAUCAACGAGUGUGCUUCGAGUGGCAUGAAUGACUGUGAUGACCCCAACGCUCUCUGCACCAACACAAGGGGAAGUUACAUGUGCUCCUGCAAGCGUGGCUUCAACGGCACGGGCAGGACAGCCGAGAACGGCUGCUUUGACAUCAACGCUUGCUCCAAUAAUGUCCACAACUGCAUUGCCGUUUCGACGUGCUCUGAUCUGGACAAUGGCAAGCACACAUGUACGUGCCCCGACAAGCAACUGCAGACCAGAGACGGCACAUGCGAUGUCGAGCCCACCUUCUCGAAGACCUUGACCAGUCACGAGGUGACAGUGGGUGACACUGCCACGUUUGUGUGCGGCUUCAUUGGUUUGAUUCGCGGCGGUGCUACGUGGCUGGACAACAAGGAUGUCGUUAUAAAACAUAGCGAACUAUAUAAGCUGACAACCAAGAGCUCUAACAUCACAACCACCACAACACUAAAGUUCGAGGUCACCUCCACGGAUCAAGCAGGCACGUAUACAUGCCGUGGUGGGAACAGCCGUAAAACUGUUUCUCAAGCCUACAAACUAGAUGUCAACCCUGCGCCUUCCACCGGAAUCGGCAACGGAACCUUGAUCUAUAUCAUUGCCGGCAUCUGUGGUGGCUUUGCCUUCCUCAUGGUUGUGGGUGGCAUAAUCAUAAUAUGCAAGAGGAAACAUCUGGCUCAGGGCUACAAGAUGAGGGGCGAGAAAGCUAGAGCAAGUGGUGUGGAGAUGAAGGCUGCUUUAUCUGCUGCUUCCUUCCAGCCCAGCGUCACAAGCUCCGCCAUCUAGGACUUUGGCGGCUGGUCAAGGUCUUCUUUCCCGUCCUAGUAUAGGAUGCUUUGAAGGGAAGAAAAACUAUGUGUGUAUUUAUGUAUUUUGUUGUAUCCUCCACCGUUCAUCAGUUCCAAUUGCCUAAGGCAAAGAGAGAGAUAAGCUAGAUGUAGAAUGGAUAUGUCCCCGCUCUAGUGUGUCAACAUGAAAUCCAGACUAAAGAUAGUAUUGGCAAAUGUUUUGCAUCCACUUGCUUCUGGCUGUUUGGUGUGAGCUAUUAUUCAUCGCGGUGCUGUGUUGCACAAUAAUUGUGUAUAAAUCAAGAAGCUUACCACCAUUUUCUUGUUCAUCAUCUGCAUUGAAGUAAAAAAAGUAUGUUAUUGUAAAUGCCUCCACCAUGCAUCCGUUCCAAUUGCCUAUGACAGAUAGAGAUAAGCUUGAAAUGAGUCAUUAUGUGUGGCAUGCAGUUGUUUCUGGCUGUUUGGUGUGAGCUGUUAUCUAUUGCGGUGCUGUGUUGCACGAUGUUUAUAAAUCAAGAAAAGUACCACCAUCUUCUUGUUGUGCAUCA